UAACACUGAAAUAAGAGGCGCGGAGUGUAAAUAUGAUUUAUUUAUAAUAUUUAAGAAAAGACAAGCGGAUUGUUUGUGUGUGAGGAACAUCAGAGUGGAGUUUAUUGAUGGAGUAUGGAGCGGGAGGAGGGGGGGCGGGGGGUCAUGUCCUGGAGCUCGAGAUCUGCUGCUGCGCUCGCGCUGAGAGAGUCUGACAGGAAUUGUUAGCUAACGGCUAACACACCAUAAUCUAGUUUCUCUCUCCCACUUUCUGAGUGUUUUUUAAGGAAACUUCUGAGUUUUCUGUGCUGGAGCUGAAUGCAGUAACAAGAUUUGAGGAAAAAAAAGGGGAGAAUAAUGGCGAAGAUCUGCACCGAGCGCUCGUACCCGUCUCAACAUGUCCUCUCAGUCCGGGCCUCGGAUGAUGAACUGGACCAAAUCGAUAACGCCGCCAGCAGAACACACUCGAUUUGCGACGACAGCAUCUCUGACAUCAACAGGGUGAUGUCCAGUCAGCUCCAGGAGUCUCGCAGGAGCUCAUUCACAGGUUCAGGGGCAAUGGCCAGGCUGUCCCGCUUCCUAUUUAUGCUGAGGAACUGGGCGUCGCACAGGCUGCAGCCCGAACUCGAGCGGCCCGACUCCUUCCUGGAGCGGUUCCGAGGACCCGAGCUCAAAGACCUCUCCAGUCGCGGCAGCAUCGCCCGGUCCUCAUUAGGCCACCCCGAGCAGAAUCACAAAAAGAAUCACCGGCCACUCGCAGUUUACAAUACGAACAACUGCAACAACACAGACGACAAAAAAGAGGAAACAAAGAAAGAUGAGAAAAAAGUGGAAGAGAAAAAAGAUGGGGACAAGAAGGAGGAGAAAAAGGAUAAGAAAGAUGAUAAAAAGCCAGAAGAGCCUCUGAAAAACUCAUGGAUUAUGGAUCCGGCCACAGACCUGUACUAUCGAUGGCUAACGGUCAUAGCAGGGCCGGUGUUUUACAAUCUGAUGAUGCUCAUAACAAGGGCAUGUUUUAACGAGCUUCAGGACUCAUACAUGACUCUGUGGAUAAUCCUGGACUACUCGUCGGAUGUCAUCUACUACAUGGACACAUUUGUGAGAUCAAGAACAGGUUUCCUAGAGCAAGGACUUAUUGUGAAGGACGCCAAGAAGUUAAUGGGGCACUACAAAAAAACGGCGCAGUUUAAAUACGACAUCAUCUCCAUGCUCCCGACGGAUGUUUUCAUGAUCAAAGUAGGAUACAACAAUCCCGAACUCCGCUUUAAUCGCCUCUUCAAGAUGGCGCGCCUCUUCGAGUUUUUCGACCGAACCGAAACCAGAACUAACUACCCCAACAUCUUCCGCAUCAGUAACCUUGUGCUUUACAUCCUGGUUAUCAUCCACUGGAAUGCUUGCAUCUUUUUCGCCAUUUCCAAGACCAUUGGCUUCGGGACGGACACGUGGGUGUAUCCGAACAUCAGCCAUCCAGAGCAUGGACGUUUGUCUAGGAAAUACAUCUACUGCCUAUACUGGUCCACUCUUACACUCACCACCAUUGGAGAAACCCCUCCUCCAGUCAGAGAUGUGGAGUACUUGUUUGUGGUCACCGACUUCCUCAUCGGAGUACUGAUCUUCGCUACCAUCGUCGGUAACGUGGGCGCCAUGAUCUCCAACAUGAACGCAUCACGCGCCGAGUUCCAGGCCAAAAUCGACUCCAUUAAGCAGUACAUGCAGUUCCGAAAGGUCUCCAAAGAUCUUGAGGCAAGAGUCAUCAAGUGGUUCGAUUACCUCUGGACGGAGAAGAAAACCUGCGAUGAGAAGGAGGUGCUCAAGAACCUUCCGGACAAGCUUAAGGCAGAGAUCGCAAUUAACGUCCAUCUGGAAACGCUGAAGAAGGUGCGGAUUUUUCAGGAUUGCGAAGCUGGACUGCUUAUUGAACUGGUCCUCAAACUUCAGCCUCAAGUCUUUAGCCCUGGAGAUUAUAUCUGCAAGAAGGGCGACAUCGGUCGAGAGAUGUACAUCAUCAAAGAAGGGAAGCUUGCCGUGGUGGCCGAUGACGGCGUCACGCAGUUUGUCGUGCUCAGUGACGGUGCAUAUUUUGGCGAAAUCAGCAUCCUUGGGAUCAAAGGCAGCAAAGCGGGAAACCGGAGAACUGCCAACAUCCGCAGCGUGGGCUACUCCGACCUCUUCGCCCUCUCCAAAGAUGACCUGAUGGAAGCGCUGACCGAGUACCCUGAAGCCAAAAAAGCUCUGGAGGAGAAAGGGAAGGCUAUCCUGAGGAAGGAUAACCUUCUGGACGAGGCAGCGGCCGCUGCUGGGGCUGAUCCCAAAGAUCUGGAGGAGAAGAUCUCACAAUUGGAGAGCAACCUUGAAGUAAUGACCACCAAGUUCGCCAGACUGGUAGCGGAGUACACGUCCUACCAGAGCAGGAUCAAGCAGAGGCUCACCAACAUGGAGAACCAGGUGAAGACACUGAGGGCGGAAGAUCUCUCUGAGGUGGUCGCCGACAAAAAGGAGGAGGAAGAGAAGAAAACAAAAUAAACGACAAGUUCUGGAAUAUUAUCAGAAAUUUAUUCGCUUAUACAUUUUGGUUACAUGUAUCUUUGUAUAUAUAAGGCAAGUGUUUUUCAGGUUAAUUUAUAUGUACAGACUGUAGAUCUUUGAGGGAGAAAAAUGUUUCCCAAAUUGUACAGCACUUUAGCUCAUACUUGUCCUUUAAUUUGUCCAUCCUUACCUGAGACACCUUGUUUUAGUUAUCUUUAAAGUUGUACAGUGUUUUUCAGCCACUGAAACACACUCCACAUGAAAGACAAAAUGACUUACUGUAGCUCUGACACUGGAGACUCCUUCCAUACGUGAAUCUAGAAUCCAGCGACACUGUGGUGUAAAUACGAUUAUUAACAUGUAGUUAAAGUAAGCCGAUGUCAUGCCGUGUCAUGAAAUAAACUGAAAUGUAA